CAGACUGGCUGUGUGAGAAAAGUGUGUGAGUGUGUGAAAGGAAUCCGAAUCAUAAUCCAAAUCCAAGCUCACAAAAAUCCCUUUUCUUUCUUUGAUUCACGAACAUCGCUUCUUCUUCCACCGCUUCUCAAUCUGUCAUUUGCGUCACAACAAAACAAAUCAACAUCUUUACCAAUUCAAAUUAAUUCCACUCAGAUUCGCUCUUGCUUACUUUCUUCCAAAAUCUUCAACUGUUCCUUCAGAAACGCAAUACAAUGGCCGCGUUUGUUGACUAUAGACAAGAGGAGAUGAGCUGCGGAGAGACUAAGGAGAAGGAGAUUGGUGAUGAUCUCUCGUUGUUAAUCGAUUUCAGUGGAGCCAAUCUGAAUCUGGAUCUUCUUCAGAAGUCAAAUCAGUUUCAAGAAACAUUAGACUCUGAAUCUGAGAAUCCAUUCAUGCCCCAAACAAAAUCAAUGAUACAUGGUCAGGAUCCUGGUGCUGAUGAUUUGUUGAAUUCUGAGAACAGCAUCACAGACUAUGACUGGCUUCUUUCACCGCCUCGUAACCCACUGCUCUCACUGGAAUUGGAAGAACAUAAAACCCUUAUUAGUGACAAUCUGAUGUCAAGUGGUCAAUCUACUUCUCCAAAGUCUAGCCUAGGAACCCCCUCUGCGGAUAAUAUUUCAACAACCACUAUGGCACCUACACUUCCAGCAUCCUCCAAUGGUAUAAAAUCUUCCAGUGGUACUAUCAGACGACCAUCACCAUCCAGAAAGGCUCCAUCAACAGGGUCUAGAUCCUCAACUCCAACAACACGGGCUACUGUACCUUCAACAACAAAGCCAUCAAGAUCAUCCACUCCAACAUCACGACCCAUAGUUGCUUCCACAAAGCCAGUGGCACCUUCAAAGAGAUCCAUAACCCCGACAAAAUCUUCUGCUCGUUCUUCUACCCCAACACCCCGACCCUCAAUACCUUCUGCUGCUUCUAAGUCGAUAUCAAGAUCUUCAACUCCAACUCUCCGACCCUCCAUAAUUGCUGCUUCCAAGUCAACAUCAAGAUCUUCAACCCCAACUCAGCAGCCAUCUAACCCAUCUGGUUUACUUACCACAUCUGUGAAUGGAGGUAGGUCUUCUUCAGUAACAAAAGCACGUGCUCCAAGCGUGAAAAAUCCAGCAUCCUCACGUGGAAGUUCCCCAUCAGUUAAAUCCAGGCCGUCAAAAAAUCCACCAGAGAUGACCGGAUUUGCAACUGAAGCUCCUCCACAUAUAAAGAAAUCUUUGCCUGAAAGGCCUGCUUCAGUAUCUAAGGGAAGGCCUGGGCUAAAUACUGUUAAAUUGCCUGCAAGUGAAUGUAACUCGAAAGCAAUACCAAAAAGGAGCUCUUGCUCUCCUUCCAGAGGGCAGGUUUUAAAUGGCAGCAGUAAUAACGGUGUGAAAUCUGGGCUAACGAAGAAUCGUGGAUAUUCUAAUGGAAGUGAUGAUGUAAACCCGGUGUUGAUGGGUACUAAGAUGGUCGAAAGGGUUGUAAACAUGAGAAAACUGGCUCCACCAAGGCAAGAUUACAUCUCUAAUCAGAAUAAUACAUCUGGGAAGUUGUCAGUGUCUCAAGACAACUCAGGCUUUGGAAGAACGCUAUCAAAGAAAUCGUUCGAUAUGGCAUUGAGACAUUUGGAUAUAAGACGAAGCAUGCCAGGUAAUAUGCGUGCAAUGAUCACAAAAGUUCCGGCUUCUUCCGUGUAUAGCGUGAGAUCCGAGUCAACAAAAACCCAAACGAUCAGUGCUUCAGACUCUCCUCUCGCCACCAGCAGCAGUGCUAGCUCCGACAAUAAUCCAAGUUUUGUUGAUGGUAACUUAGCCAACGAGAAUGGACAUCUGUACCCCCACGAUCAAUGAAUUCGGCUCCCUUCCUCCUUGUAACCAGUACCGUCACGUUACUUCAUUGUUAGCAUGCGAUUUUUUUUUGUGGAUUAGGAACAGCUGUGCAUUUGUGCGAGAGGUGCAACUGGAUUUAUCUUUUUCAAGAAUCCGUUUGCCAAUUCCGAAAAAAGGUUGAAAGAAACUUUCAUUUGUAUCGUAGUGAGUAGGAAGGGUUAAUGUUCAUGCAUCAAUGAACUACUACCGUUUGUAACAUAUGCUUCUCAUUUCUACAUUCAUUUCAAGUGUUGCUUUUUGC